AUGCCUCUCCUUAUUCCAAGCGUCAUUUGUGUUGGACCGGGAACAAGACAUCCACCUCAUACUUCUCCCAAUAUCACGUUUGAUUCUAGUCCAGAGGAGGAUUUCGGGAGUCGCCGCUCUCGAUAUCGUGAUGACGAAUCAGGAAGUCAGAAUGUUCGAUUCUGGCGAGAACACGGUGGUCGCAGUGGUUGUUCUCGACGACAUGGAUCAAGAGAAAGGCGACGCGAACGUUCUCGUAAUCGUAGUCCGAUCUUAGCCAUUCCUCCCAGGCAGUCUUCGAAUGCCCCAGAAUCCUCAUCACGUUCAAUACGAAAGCCAGAAACAAGGGAUUCAAAAGGGCGUAGAGGAGGAGGAGGUGGUGGUAAUAAAAAAUUUAAUCGAAGCAGUCAUCGCAGUAGUCGUCAGCGUCGAUCACCAACACCACGUUAA